AUGACGAUCUGUCUUGCACUCAACACCAUUCCAAUCCCUUUUCCUCAAAAUUCAUAUUCCGAUCACCCAUUUACUGAAGCAGUACUGGCCAAGUACUUCGGUAGCGAUGUCACUCCUAAUGCCAUCCAGCUUCAGAUCAACCGCAAUGUCCAGCCCACAGCCAAGAAAGUCAGAGAAUUCGCCGACGGUGGUGGCGAUCCCAAGGAUCUCAACAUCGGAGGCGGAGGCGAUGACGAUGGCAAGGGAGGCAAGCGUGGAAAGGAGAUGGUCAAGUACUUUGGCACCGAUGUCACACCUGGCUCGCUCCAGGUUGCCGUCUGCCGCCAUGUUACACCUCUCGUCAAGAAAGUCAAGGAUCAUGCCAAUUCAGGUGGUGAUUGCAAGAAUCUCAACCUGGUUGGCGAUGUUAAGACUGGAAAGGGUCAGAUAUCUGCCAUGCUCUACACAAUUCACGUUUUCCUUCUGUUUAUUUUACUUUGCAUUUUCUGUCCUGGCAUUGACGUUCCCGCAGAACUGGCCAAGCAUUUUGGUAGUGAUACCACUCAAGGUGGUAUCGCAAAGAUGUUUUCGCGUCACAUACUGCCUCAAGCCAAGCUUGUUCGCGACUGCGUCCAGUCUGGGGGAGAUCCUAAGGAUCUGAGCCUCGGAGGUGACGUCAAGGACACACCUGGCAAGGGCGGAAAGAAGGGUCAGACUAUGCCAUUUCAGCACUUGCAUUCGUCAUCUCGUGUCUAUUUCUUCGGUUACUCUCUGCUUUCUGCUUUCUAUCUAUUAUUUCUGUUACUUCCGAUCUGUUUCCACCGAUGUGUAUUGAUCAGACUUUAG